GUAGCCUGUUAAAAUGCCCGAACUCAAAACACUUCUUUUUCCAAGAUGGCGUCGAUGAAGGACAGCGACACCGGCCUGUGGCUGCACAACAAACUAGGAUCCACAGACGAGCUGUGGACGCCUCCGAGCAUUGCCUCUCUGCUUACAGUGUCAGUAAUCGACAACAUACGGUUGUGCUUUUCGAGCUUAUCGCCGCCGGUGAAGCUGAAACUGCUGCUCGGGAUGCUGCAUCUUCCCAGGCGGACUGUUGACGAGAUGAAAGAGGCCUUGUCUGAGAUAAUCCAGCUAGCUACGGUGGAUUCAGAGCCUUGGGUGCUGAUGGUUGCAGACAUCCUUAAGUCCUUCCCAGAAACCGGCUCUCUCAAUCUGGAUUUGGAGGAGCAGAACCCAAAUGUGCAGGACAUUCUUGGCGAGCUCAGAGAUAAAGUGAGCGAGUGUGAGGCAUCUGCCAUGCUUCCGCUGGAAUGCCAGUACCUGAACAAGAGUGCGUUGACCACCUUAGUGGGACCCCUUACACCCCCUGUCAAACAUUUCCAGCUCAAGAGGAAGCCCAAGAGUGCAACGCUCAGAGCAGAGCUGCUACAGAAAUCUACAGAGACGGCCCAGCAGCUGAAAAAGACAGCCGGAGUGCCUUUUCAUGCCAAAGGGAGAGGACUGGUCAAAAAAAUUGACACUACAACUCCUCUCAAAGGAAUUCCCAAGGCUCCGUUCCGCAGCCCCACCGCUCCCAGUAUAUUCAGCCCUCCCAGCAACCGUACACCCAUCGCUCCUGCUCGGACGCCCCUGCGGAAGGAGAGAGGGGUCAAGCUUUUAGAUAUUUCAGAGCUGGACAUGGUGGGAGCUGGAAGGGAGGCUAAGAGGAGAAGGAAGACUUUGGAAACAGAAACAGGAGAGAAACCAGCCAAAGAGGAGUCUGUGGUGGAGAACACCACGCCAGAUUACGCUGCCGGCCUUGUUUCUGCACAGAAACUGGGGGCGCUGAACGAGAAUCCUCUGCCAUCAACCAGUUACCUACCAGCCACACCCAGUAUGGUUCCCUCCUCAUCUUACAUUCCCAGCUCCGAGGCACAGCCAGCAAAUGCUGGUGGUUCGAGUCGGGACACGAUUCAGGCAGCUCGCCAGCCAGAGGAGUCGGCAACCGCAGGCACUGGUGCCAACUCCACCUUACCAAACCAGUACAAGCAGAGGACACCCAUGUAUAACGCAAGCACCACAGGAAACCCCACAACACCUACGUCCCCCAGCACACCAGCCUCCACCCCGGCCAGCAACGGCCCCCCAGCUGCUGCUACGGCCAGCCAGCCAGAGACCCCCACACAGCCUCCUGGCACACCUCAGACCCCCACACCAAUACCAGCCCCUACGCCAUCACAGCCCCAGCCCAAAAAGAACCUCUCACUCACGCGAGACCAGAUGUACGCUGCCCAGGAGAUGUUCAAGACAGCCAACAAGGUCACCAGGCCAGAGAAGGCUCUCAUCUUGGGUUUCAUGGCUGGAUCCAGAGAGAACCCAUGUCCGGAGCAGGGGGACAUCAUCCAGAUCAAGCUGAGCGAACACACGGAGAUUCUGCCCAAAGCCGACGGGACCGGCAGCACCACCAUGCUGGUGGACACGGUCUUCGAAAUGAACUAUUCCACAGGACAGUGGACCCGCCUCAAGAAAUACAAACCCAUCACCAAUACCUCCUGAGGCACUGUGCUUACUCAAAAUCACACACCCAAAAUUUCAAGUACACUUCAGAAAAACAAGUUUACACAAGCAGACGUGAAUUCACACACAGAUUUAGGCCAAAUCGAGCGCUGGGAGGGUGAGCUAUUGACAAGGAGAGAAAGAUCCUCCCUUUUACUGCACAGCAAAAAUCCAGAACGCUGAAGGGUUGUUUUUGUUUUGUUUGUUUCCUUUACUCUUUUCUGUUUUUAAGUCGCCUUCCUGAACGGUGCUGUGCUCAGGAGGGAGCCGAGGCGAUACUCUUAAACAGGCAUCUUUCAGUCAUGUCAUGUAACCAGAGAGAGAAAAAGUUCUGUAUUUUUCUGUACAAACAUGACAUUUGCAGCUUACUCUUCCACCCUUCAGAACAGAAAUGUUUUUUUGACAAAAGGAGAGCCCAAAUAUGUUUGUCAUCAUUAAAGGUGACCAAAAAGAAAAAAAAAAAAAAAACAUGGGCAGUAAAUAGUUCUUAAUGCUGUUCUGUUUGAA